UGGUCAAAUUUCACUGCGCGUUUGAAACUGAAUCGGUUGAUGCUGGAGGUGCGUGUGUCGGAUUCGGAAGUGUAGAAGAUUGUAGAUAGACAACUUUAGCAUUGUGUAUACACAUACCCAUACCAGACAACAGAAUGUCACAGAAGCAAAUAUACUACUCGGACAAAUACACCGACGAGCACUAUGAAUACAGGCAUGUAGUAUUACCCCGUGACCUGGCGAAGCAAGUCCCCAAAUCGCACUUGAUGUCGGAGGAUGAGUGGAGGAGGCUGGGGGUCCAGCAGUCCCUUGGCUGGGUGCACUACAUGAUACACGAACCAGAACCCCACAUUCUCUUAUUCCGAAGACCUCUCCCAAAGAUCUGAUGUUGACCAGAGGGAAAUAACCAACCCAUGCUGGUCCCCAGACCAGCUUUGCGCUUUAUACUGGUAUUCAGUGAAUACUUAAGACCUAUCAGUUUAUUGCCUUCUGUGCACACAUGGUGUUAACUUGGACCAAAAAGAGAAAAAAAAGAAAGGAAAAACUCAGAUUUCAAGUUUAAACCCUUGACAUCACUGUUGGGUGGACAUUGACAGCCUGAGGAAAUGAUUUUGUAUUACUAGUGUGCCCACUACCGUUGGAUCAUGUGUCAAAUGCAAGGAUUUAAAUCACAGGCGUUGAUAUUGAUGCUACUGUUGGUGAAAUCUUAAUGUUUACCACUUAAUGAAAUGCAUGAGGGAUGUCUUGCUUGUUUUUCUUGUUGUUGGUUUUUGUUUUUCUUUCCUGAUCAUCAGGGUAUCUGUGGAACUUGAUGUAUACUUUCAUAGCCUGUGUCUGACUCUGCACAAGAACCAACUUGAGUGUGCCUCUAUCUUCUGUGCCUGAUAUGCAUGUUGUCUGUCUGCCAGUAGCGUCAGUAUUGUCCAUAUAUUUGUUGUUCGUUUGUGACGACAUAUUGACUGUGAAAACACUUACUUCCCAUUUUGUUAAUUCAGCCACUGUAUUUGUAGAUAUCCACACUAGGCAAAUGUUGACUGACCCAUGUUGUAUCACUGUAAAUGAAAUUGAGAGACCUUACUCCAUGAUCUGGUGGUGCUUUACUUUUUUAUUCCUAGUACACUUGGGCUUUAGUAGAAUUUUUAAACAGUGAGGCAGUUAUUCUGCCUCCUUCAGGGGAACAAAAACAUUGCAAAAUGUUAAAUGUUUUGAAUGGUCAGACCUCAAAUAAAUCAUUUUUAUAUUG